CGCCGUCCUCGCUGCAGGUUCGCGUCCCGCUUUGCUCCGUGCGAGGCUCGGCUCCCGGCCGCCUGGACGGCCCGGGACUGACGGCCCCGGGACAGAGGCGACCGUCGCGGCUGCGGGAGCAGAAGCGAAGCUGAGGCCCGGGGAGAGGCGACAGCGGCGAGAGCGCCCGGGGAGGGGAGAAGGAGAGAAGAUGGCGUCGGAGCUGGAGUCCGAGGUGCAGGCCAUCGACCGCAGUUUGCUGGAAUGUUCUGCCGAGGAGAUCGCAGGGAAAUGGCUGCAAGCAACUGACCUCACCAGAGAAGUAUACCAGCAUUUAGCCCACUGUGUGCCCAAAAUCUACUGCCGGGGUCCCAACCCUUCCCCACAGAAGGAGGACACACUUGCACAGCAUGUCUUGUUGGGACCAAUGGAGUGGUACAUCUGUGGUGAAGACCCUGCCCUGGGAUUCCCGAAGCUUGAGCAAGCGAACAAGCCUUCUCAUCUCUGUGGCCGAGUGUUUAAAGUAGGGGAGCCCACAUAUUCCUGCAGGGACUGUGCAGUUGACCCUACCUGUGUUUUAUGCAUGGAGUGCUUUUUGGGAAGUGUCCACAGAGACCACCGAUACAGGAUGACGACCUCAGGAGGUGGAGGCUUCUGUGACUGCGGCGACACAGAAGCCUGGAAAGAAGGGCCCUACUGUCAAAAACACGAACUCAGCAGCUCUGAAGUUGUGGAGGAGGAGGAUCCUCUUGUACAUCUAUCAGAAGAUGUGAUAGCAAGAACCUACAACAUUUUUGCUAUUAUGUUUCGAUACGCAGUAGAUAUACUGACCUGGGAAAAAGAAAGUGAAUUGCCUGCAGACUUAGAGAUGACAGAAAAGAGCGACACCUACUAUUGCAUGCUGUUCAAUGAUGAGGUUCACACCUAUGAGCAAGUCAUUUACACUCUUCAGAAGGCCGUCAACUGCACACAGAAGGAAGCCAUUGGCUUUGCAACCACAGUCGAUCGGGAUGGGCGUAGGUCUGUUCGAUAUGGAGAUUUCCAGUACUGUGAUCAAGCAAAAUCAGUCAUUGUGAGGAACACCAGCAGACAGACCAAGCCGCUCAAAGUUCAGGUCAUGCACUCGUCAGUAGCUGCGCAUCAGAAUUUCGGUCUGAAAGCUCUGUCUUGGCUGGGAAGUGUUAUUGGAUAUUCAGAUGGCCUCCGCCGGAUUUUGUGUCAGGUCGGAUUACAAGAAGGGCCGGACGGUGAAAACUCCUCUCUGGUGGACAGACUGAUGCUUAAUGAUUCCAAAUUAUGGAAAGGCGCUAGGAGUGUGUAUCAUCAGUUGUUCAUGAGCAGCCUGCUCAUGGAUCUGAAGUACAAGAAGCUGUUUGCUGUUCGAUUUGCAAAAAAUUACCAGCAGUUGCAGAGAGAUUUUAUGGAGGAUGAUCACGAGCGAGCAGUAUCGGUGACUGCUCUGUCUGUCCAGUUCUUCACCGCCCCUACUCUGGCCCGGAUGCUCAUCAUGGAAGAGAACCUGAUGACUGUUAUCAUUAAGGCUUUCAUGGACCAUUUGAAACAGCGAGAUGCUCAGGGCAGAUUCCAGUUUGAACGCUACACUUCCCUCCAAGCCUUCAAGUUCAGGAGAGUUCAGAGCCUUAUCUUAGAUCUCAAGUAUGUGCUGAUUAGCAAACCAACUGAGUGGUCGGAUGAGCUGAGGCAGAAGUUCCUAGAAGGCUUCGAUGCCUUUUUGGAAUUACUGAAGUGUAUGCAGGGAAUGGACCCUAUCACACGUCAGGUGGGACAGCACAUUGAAAUGGAGCCGGAGUGGGAAGCGGCCUUCACGCUGCAGAUGAAGCUAACACACGUGAUUUCCAUGGUGCAGGACUGGUGCGCUUUGGAUGAAAAAGUGUUAAUUGAAGCUUACAAGAAAUGCCUGGCUGUGUUGAUGCAAUGUCAUGGCGGAUUCACUGAUGGAGAACAGCCAAUCACACUCAGCAUUUGUGGACACUCGGUGGAAACUAUCAGAUACUGUGUUUCCCAAGAAAAAGUUAGCAUUCACCUCCCAAUUUCUCGCUUGCUUGCAGGUUUGCAUGUGUUGUUGAGCAGAAGUGAAGUGGCGUAUAAAUGUCCCGAGCUCCUGCCUCUAAGUGAACUGAGCCCACCCAUGUUGAUAGAGCAUCCUCUUAGAUGUCUUGUCUUAUGUGCUCAAGUACAUGCUGGGAUGUGGAGAAGAAAUGGCUUCUCAUUAGUAAACCAGAUCUAUUACUACCACAAUGUGAAAUGCAGACGGGAGAUGUUCGACAAGGAUAUAAUGAUGCUUCAGACAGGUGUCUCCAUGAUGGAUCCCAACCACUUCCUGAUGAUCAUGCUCAGCCGCUUUGAACUCUAUCAGAUCUUCAGCACGCCUGACUACGGGAAAAGAUUCAGUUCUGAGGUCACCCAUAAGGAUGUCGUUCAGCAGAACAACACCCUAAUAGAAGAGAUGCUGUACCUCAUCAUCAUGCUUGUCGGAGAAAGAUUCAGUCCUGGGGUUGGACAGGUGAGCGCCACAGAUGAAAUUAAGCGGGAGAUUAUCCACCAGCUGAGCAUCAAACCGAUGGCCCACAGUGAGCUGGUGAAGUCUCUACCUGAAGAUGAGAACAAGGAGACCGGCAUGGAGAGUGUCAUCGAAACCGUUGCCCAUUUCAAGAAACCUGGGCUGACAGGACGAGGCAUGUACGAGCUGAAGCCAGAGUGUGCCAAGGAGUUCAACCUGUAUUUCUACCACUUCUCCAGGGCAGAGCAGUCCAAGGCAGAAGAAGCCCAGCGGAAAUUGAAAAGACAAAACAGGGAAGAUACAGCACUUCCUCCUCCGGCUCUGCCUCCGUUCUGCCCCCUGUUUGCGAGUCUGGUUAACCUUCUGCAGUGUGAUGUCAUGCUGUACAUCAUGGGAACAAUACUGCAGUGGGCUGUGGAGCACCAUGGGUCUGCCUGGUCGGAGUCUAUGCUGCAGAGGGUGCUGCAUUUGAUCGGGAUGGCCCUCCAAGAAGAAAAGCACCAUUUGGACAAUGCCAUGGAAGGGCACGUGGAGACAUUCACCUUCACUCAGAAGAUUUCAAAACCUGGUGAUGCACCCAACAACUCCCCGAGCAUCCUAGCGAUGCUGGAGACGUUGCAGAACGCUCCCUCCCUGGAAGUCCACAAAGACAUGAUUAGGUGGCUGUUAAAGAUGUUUAAUGCAAUUAAGAAGAUAAGAGAGAGUUCCUCCACCAGUCCUGUGGCAGAGGCAGAAGGAACCAUAAUGGAAGAGAGCUCAAGAGACAAAGACAAAGCAGAGAGGAAAAGGAAAGCAGAGAUUGCUAGACUGCGCCGGGAGAAGAUCAUGGCGCAGAUGUCGGAGAUGCAGCGGCACUUCAUUGAUGAGAACAAAGAGCUCUUCCGGCAGACCAUAGAGCUGGACGCCUCGGCCUCUGCCCCUCUUGACAGCAGCCCUCUGAUUUCAGAUACAGCGCUUACAGCAUUGGGCCCUGCACAGACCCAGGUCCCUGAGCAGAGACAGUUUGUCACCUGCAUAUUGUGUCAAGAGGAGCAAGAGGUCACUGUGGAGAGCAGGGCAAUGGUCUUGGCAGCGUUUGUUCAGAGAUCAACUGUGCUGUCAAAAGACAGAACCAAAUUCAUCCAGGAUCCAGAAAAAUAUGAUCCAUUAUUCAUGCACCCUGAUCUGUCUUGCGGAACACACACUGGCAGCUGUGGGCACGUUAUGCAUGCCCAUUGUUGGCAAAGGUAUUUCGACUCCGUCCAAGCUAAGGAGCAGCGGAGGCAGCAGCGGCUGCGCCUGCACACCAGCUAUGACGUGGAGAACGGCGAGUUCCUCUGCCCGCUCUGUGAGUGCCUGAGCAACACCGUGAUCCCCCUGCUGCUCCCCCCGAGGAACGCUUUCAGCAGACUGCCUAUUUCUGCAGACACUUCCUCUUCAGAGACCAUAGAAGACAUGAGUGAGAUACAGGUCCCAGAAGGCUUCCGGCCUGAUUUUCAUCCUGAGAACCCGUAUUCUGACAGCAUAAAAGAGAUGCUAACAACAUUUGGAAUAGCUACGUACAAGGUGGGACUGAAGGUUAAUCCCAAUGACAAGGACCCCCGUGUGCCCAUCAUGUGCUGGGGGAGCUGCGCAUACACCAUCCAGAGCUUAGAAAGAAUUUUGAGUGAUGAAGAGAAGCCCCUGUUCGGGCCUCUGCCUUGUAGACUGGACGACUGUCUCAGGUCUUUAACACGAUUCGCAGCAGCACAUUGGACCGUGGCGUCACUUCCUGUGGUUCAAGGACACUUCUGUAAACUCUUCGCAUCCUUGGUGCCUAGUGACAGCUAUGAAGACCUGCCGUGCAUACUGGACGUCGACAUGUUCCACUUACUGGUGGGCCUGGUGCUGGCCUUCCCGGCCCUGCAGUGCCAGGACUUCUCGGGAAGCAGCCUCGCGACCGGAGACCUGCACAUCUUCCAUCUGGUCACCAUGGCGCACAUCGUACAGAUCUUACUUACCUCAUGUGCAGAAGAGAAUGGCAUGGAUCAAGAAAACCCCACCGGGGAAGAGGAACUAGCUGUCCUCUCUUUGCACAACACACUUUGCCAGUGUACUGGAAGUGCCUUGGAGGAAGAGCCCUCCGGCUGGCACCUGUGGAGGAGCGUCCGGGCGGGCAUCAUGCCUUUCCUCAAGUGUUCUGCUUUGUUCUUCCAUUACUUAAAUGGAGUUCCAGCCCCACCAGACCUUCAAGUUUCUGGAACAAGCCAUUUUGAACAUUUAUGUAACUACCUUUCCCUGCCAACCAACCUCAUUCGCCUUUUUCAAGAAAACAGUGACAUCAUGAACUCUCUGAUUGAAAGUUGGUGCCAGAGCAGUGAAGUUAAAAGCUAUCUGAACGGCGGAAGAGGGGCAAUAAGCUACCCGAGAGGAUCUAACAAACUGAUCGACCUUCCGGAGGAUUACAGCAGUCUCAUUAACCAGGCGUCCAGCUUCUCGUGCCCCAAGUCGGGCGGCGACAAAAGCAGAGCCCCGACUCUGUGCCUCGUGUGUGGGAGUCUCCUCUGCUCUCAGAGCUACUGCUGCCAGGCCGAGCUGGAGGGCGAGGAUGUCGGCGCUUGCACAGCACACACCUACUCCUGCGGCUCCGGGGCCGGCAUCUUCCUGAGAGUGCGGGAAUGUCAGGUGCUAUUUCUAGCUGGCAAAACCAAAGGAUGUUUUUACUCUCCUCCCUACCUGGAUGACUACGGGGAGACAGACCAGGGGCUCAGACGAGGAAACCCUUUACAUUUGUGCCAAGAGCGGUUUCGAAAGAUCCAGAAGCUAUGGCAGCAGCACAGCAUCACGGAGGAGAUCGGCCACGCGCAGGAAGCCAACCAGACCCUGGUCGGCAUCGACUGGCAGCAUUUAUAGUCACUCACUCCUCUACCAAAACCUUCAACCUGGAGUUCUGUAACCCAGCCGGCUUCUCCAGAAAGACGACAGAAAAGAAGUUCGGCUGGAUCUAUUUUGAAAUAAAUUCUUUAUUUAAGCUUUCUUCCCAGUUUUAUUUUUCUAGUUUCUGGCUCCAGGGACUGAUGAGAAUAAUUUUCCACCAGAUUUUAUUGCUGUACCCUCAGAUGUUACCUGGGCAGAGAUCCUCUUUAGCCUGGAGCUCGCUCCUGCUUCAGUAGCCUGAGCCGCUCCACAUCACUGAUUGUGUUGGACUUGUUGGCCAUUCAGCAGAGGCCAAAAGGAGCCCUGGGGCCCAGCAAGAUGACUUUUCCAACCUUGGUGCCUCAGCGCUGGGGUGCGGUUCUCCUCUGGGACUGGACCUCACCUCCGAGAGCAAAGCCGUUGAAUUUGAAGCUGGGAUUCCCUUCUCUGUGUGGCCUGGAAGGCUGGAGAUGCUAGCAGGAGAGCCUAGGGGGAGAGCGGCCAGCUUCUCACAGCUCUAUCUGGUUGGUUUUCUCUAUUUUUGUCAAGACUUUUGGCUUACUCAAUUAAAGGGCUUUUGAAAUGGAAAGGACCUCCUAGUUUUUCCGACAGUUACUCCCUGCUCUGAGGUAAACGGAGAGCGUGUGCAGCCUCAGCCAGACGGCGGCAGACCUGUGAGAACUCAGCUUAGUGAAAGGCUGCACGCCUGUAAUCCCAGCACCUGGGAGGCUGAGGCAGACCAGGAGUUCAAGGCUAGCUUCAACCACGUUAGGAGCGUGAGGCUAGCCUGGCUGACUUGAGACCUCGUCUCAGACCAACCGAAAUCGAGGAGCCAGGGUUUUGAGGUUUCUUGCCCCACCCCACAUCUCCUGGAUUAGAUGUGCUGCUGCGCAUCUGCCAGCCGUUGAGGACAUGCUCAGACGGCGUGCACACAGCUUCCGUCCUUUUUAGGUUUUAUUCUGAGAGGUGCCUUUCUAGAGCCAUAACCCUGGGUGCCGCAGCUCCAGCUCCUGCGCAGCACGCCGCCUCCACUCAGCAGACGCGCAGAGAGCUCACGUGCACGCUGGGACCGCAGAUUGAACAGAGGGUGAGCUCCGUCUCCACGUGGGCCGAGGCCGCCACGCGAACAGAAAGAGGCUGUCGGCUCUUCUAACCCUUCUAACCACCUUUUCACUCAGCCUUUCAAAUUGCAACCCCAAGUUCGGUUCCACUGAGCUGCACCCACGCCACAGUACCCCAGGAGGGUCAGAAAUUCAGACCAGAGGCGAAAUGCAGCCAGCACAGCUCCAGGAUCAUGUGAGGAGCCGCCUCCCUCCCAAGGAUGGACUUCACGUAGCUCUUCUGCUUGGCGCAGGCUCAAGAGCUGAGAGGUUGCAGCAGGAGGCCCGAGUUAGAAUCUUCCAUGCUCUCCCCCUUCUCUGGCCUUUCCUUGACACGGUCUGAAUGGGCUGUGAGGGAUGUGCCUGAUGCUUGACCUUUGACACGAGCGCACGGUUUCUUCAGAUUGAAGUUCGUUCGGCUCCUCUUGGCUUUUUGCCUUCCAUUCACCAUUUUUAAAUUUAAAAUUAUGAGACCUCUCUGGGCAUGAACCUCAUGCUAGAGCCCUUGCCUAGCGUGAGUAAGGUCCUGGGUUCAGUCCUGGUGCCAACCCAAAGGGGAAAAAAAUCAUGAGCACAAGCUUGUUUCAUCUACGUGGGCCACAGACAUCUUCAAGGUCAUCCUGACACUUCUGGGUUCAGGCCUGACUCUCAGGAGUCUGGAAUUAGCGGAGGAUAGCCCUGCAUUUCACUCCUGAGAAGGUCAGCACUGGGGCAGUGGGUUCCCACAGAUCUGCAGCCUGCCCUCUCCGUGUGGCAGUGUUAAGAUGGUUUCCUGUCCCUGUCAGCACAUCUGACUUUGGUUUGUUUCCGCAUGGUUUUGUUGUUGUAGAAAUGUUUAUAUAACAUGCUUUCCAUAUCAGGGAAAAUCAUAUGUUUAAUAAAUUGGCUAUAAUUUUAAUAUCUGUGGACAACUUGUAAAAUUUGAAAUGUAUCAUAUGUAAAAAGUUUAAAGAUAUUAAAUAAAGGCUUUAGGUGUUGACAUUC